UCGCGGUGUGAACGUCGGAUUACAGCUGCCGCCCGUUCCGCCCUCAGUGCCGUGACGCGUGUUUUUCAAUUGGAGAAAUUUUAAAUUUCUCUUUUUUUCGGUCCGUCUCAAGUGAGAAGCGCUUUGUGCCGGCGAAGUGCCCUUCGACACAUGGGAGAAAGCUCACCUUGAUUGGAUAAAAACCAUCCUCCAGAAGAAAAGAGAUGACGGUGUUGAUUUCAAAAAACCGUCGCUCAAGAAGCCACCAGCCAGCCAACAGGAUCUGCAAAAUAAUGUUCGCCACGAUUCUCGUGCUCUUCGCACCAUUCACAGGUGUCGGAGGAUUGAGGUACGUCUCUCUGCACGUACCAGUCGCCGUCGCCCCAGGCCAGAGUGCGACCAUGGUUUGCAAAUACGACCUGGAAGGAGAACCGUUGUACACGGUCAAGUGGUACCAAGACCGAGCUGAAUUUUUCCGCUAUGUGCCGAAAGAACAUCCGCAUACUAAAGUGUUCCCGCUGCCCGGCGUUAACGUAGACAUAAAUGCUUCCGGUCCGGACAGGGUGGUGCUGAGAGACGUCCAGAUGAAACUGGCCGGCAAGUACAGGUGCGAAGUGUCAUCCGACGCUCCGCAUUUCCAUACCAAACUCGUCAGUGCACACAUGCACGUCGUCCAUAUGCUUGAAGGUGAUCCUAUAUUGAAGCUAGAAAAGUCAAGAUAUUCCGUCGGCGAUGUUCUUAGGGGCAACUGCACGACACCACCAUCAAAUCCACCAGCAAACGUCACGUGGUUUAUCAACGGCAAUCGAAUAAAUGCAAGCUACAUAUCAAGAAGUCGCGUUAGUGGCAACAAAUCCAUGUCGAGGGCGGGCCUCGAAUUUGAAGUAAAUACCUUCAACUUGGGCAAGAUGAAUCUGACUUGUGUCGCCGAUGUUUACGGCGUUUACAAGACAAAGUCGGAGAUCAUUUUGGAUGAAGAAAGGCCGAGGCUGGCUUCAGUUCUAGGUUAGUAAACACGUCAAGCGGCAUUACUAAACUUAAGAUUAGCAUUGGGCUUUGAAAGGAGAAGAUAAAACUACGUUUAAUGGACGAGAAAGAAGUUGUUGUUGCUUCUCUGUGCGUG